GUUACGGGUGUGUGUGUACAUUAGCAAAUUGUCAACAUGGCUGCUGUAAAAUUCGGUUCUCAUUUAAAAGAAUUAAGAAUAUUGUUGUGUCAAACAUCAAAGACCAGUCAAGGUGCUAGAGAAUUUAUUGAAAGUCAAUAUGUACCGUUGAAGAUGAGUAAUCCAAAACUUCCUGUAUUGGUCAGGGAGUGUUCAUUAAUUGAGCCUCGUUUAUAUGCCCGUUAUGAAUUUGGAAAGGAAUCAUCAGUGUCCUUAGCAAAUUUAAAAUCAUCUGAGAUUCUUGAUAAAGUACUCCAACUUGCUUCAGCAAAGCCAUAAGUUAAAUAAUUCUAGACAAGUUUCCUGUGUAUCAUAAAAGAAAAAAAAGAAAAAAUAUAGUUGCUAAAAUAAAUUAGAAUCAUUAUUUAAAAAAAAAAAAAAAGAUCAAAGA